AUGCACUCAACGCUUAACUUCUCAACUCCUGACGGCUCAAACCUGUCAGGUGUUGACCCGCAGAGACUGCACGAGCUGGCUCACCGCUCCGUCAAAGUAAGCAUAAUCAUCGUUUUGGGCGUGAUGAUCACUUUGGGAAAUAUUGCAGUUCUCCUGGUGAUUACUUCCUCCGUGGCUGGCUGGUCCAGAAACUCUCGGUACUUUCUGCUCUCUCUCACUGCUGCAGACUCCGCGUUCGGACUGCUGGUCAUGCCCUUGAAUCUCUGGGUGAGUCUGCUGAAGGACUACACCGAAGGGCCAGAUGCUCUUUGUCAUGUCGUGGCCUUUUGCAAUGCCACCGUCUACUCCACCUGCAUGUACACUCUGGCCACGAUAAGCCUGGAGAGGUACAUCGCAGUGUUUUACCCGCUGCAGUACUCGUCUCUGAUGACAAGAAAAAGGACACUGCUCCUCAUUGCCUUCGCCUGGUGCUUCCCACCCUUCCUGCUGUCGCCAAUAUCAUUUCCAGACGGCAUUAUUGAGGUUCAUUUCUCUACUGCAUCACUGGUCUGCAAUCCAUCUUACUCCACAAAUGUUGGAUACUCCCUCAGCCUGACAUGUUUCAUAUUUUUCCCCUGCUCCAUCAUCAUGACAUACGCAAACCUGAGAGUGUGGUGCGCUGCGAAGAGGCAGAGGCUGAAACUGCGCAAAUACAGCUGCGCGCCUCGCAGCAGGCACGACGUGGCGUCCAGAGUGCUCGUGCCUGUGAUGGCAGCCUACUUCACCUGUUGGACACCCUGCAUGGCGGCUAUGAUCUACAACGCAGUCUCAGGUCUCAGAGUACCAGAGUGGAUUGAGUUUGUGGUGGUAUGGCUGCCAACCUCCAACGGUUUCCUCAACUGCAUCUUCUACUUCUGGAUAAACCGAAGCUUCCGCAGGAAAUUCCACCUCGUCCUCCAGAGGCUGGCUCUGACCCUCUGCCCCGAGCUGGCCGACACCCUUGGGUGCAGCAGCGCUUCAAAGACACAGUUUGUGUCAGGAAUUCUGGAUAAUAACAACAGCGUCCAUGAGCGUUCCUCCAGCGUGUCCUCCACCUGCACUCUGUUGAGCUUGGCUUAG